AUGGACGUUACGGGUCUUGCUGUCGGUAUCGUGGAUCUCUACACCACAUGUCGAGACUGUUACAACUUUUUUACCACUGUGAGAGCUGCAGAGGCUGAAUCUUCAGCUCACCUGCGCGAAUUGGAGAUUCAGCAGUCCAUUCUCAAAGCAUGGGGCUUCUAUUGGCAAAUUCACAACGAGGGCGGCGGCGAACCAGAACAUUCCGAUCCCACCAGACGAAAGCGAACCAAACUUCAUGAGUAUCUCUUGAGCAACCGAUUCAAGGCUGAAGGCGUCUUCAAGACUCUUUCUGCCCUUGCAGAUACACUAUCCGAUCAAGAUAAACUCACCAAGCGGUAUGGUAUCCGGCUUCAGUCAGCCCAGGUCGUCCAGGAUGGGUCACAGGUGAUGAAUAACGUCCAAUUGGUCAUCUCGGGCACUACAACUGAGGAUGCCAAGCCUGUGAUCAGUGAAGUCAGGAGUCGUCUCUCUCUGCUCAAUAAAUUUAAAUGGUCUUUGAAAGACAAGGACAACUUCAAGAAACUUAUUGCCGACUUGAGAUCUCACAGCGAUUCGCUCUAUCGCCUUUGCCCCGAAAACGCAUUCGAGUCAAUGAACAUAUAUCUCACUAUGGAAUGUUUGGCCAGGGAGGAGUCACCAACAGGCCUGGAGUGGACUUCAAGCCUCGCAACUCAGCUUGCUGAGGGCGAUGAACAGUCUUCAGUACGGAAAGGCUACAAAUUGCUGGCUUCGGCGGCCACUUUGAAAGCAUCGGUUUAUCAAAACAGAGACAAGGUGGACGCAGAUGACAGCACUCUCACCAGCAUUGGCGAAGGGCAACGCGAGAUGCGGUAUUUGGGAAAAGGCCUUGCCCUAUUUGAAGGGCAGAUCGUUUACAGGGAAAUGCGAGACUACCGCGGACCGCCGCUAGAACUCACUCCAGAGCAGAAACAGAGAUUAGAGCGUCGUCGAAACAGGGCGCGCUUCUUGCCAACAUUGCCAAUAGAUGACACGAUGAACAGCCAUCACGGCAGGGCUGACACCGACCAAACCCAUCAACAAUACGACGGCGACGAAUCCGAAGGUGAUGAAGUGAUAGAGGCGGUCAGACCAGCCGAUCCCAAGCUUCGCACUCUCAUCAGGAACUUCGUUAAUACCUUUCAAGGUGAGAACAAUAUGAAAAGCGUAUAUGGUUUAGAUAUCGCCGGUACGAUAGACCACACAGAAAGUGAACAUAACGGUCAUUGCAGCAUUCUCUACAGGCUCCCCGGCACGAUUGGCGUUCAGAGUCGCGAUCGGCCUGCGGAAAACCUGAAGCUUCGCGCACCAGUGACGCUAGAGUCUCUUCUUAGAACCCAGCGAAAACAAGGUAUCCGAUCUACACUCGGUGCGCGUUUUGAGCUGGCUAGAAGGCUUGUGCAUGCCGUUUGCCUACUUCAUUCUAGUGGCUGGCUGCACAAAAAUAUUCGGGCGGACUCAGUAAUAUUCUUCCCCGAAUAUUCGAAUACGCUCCAAGAAGAUCGAUACGAGGACAGUUUUGAGAUCGACGUCUCCAAGCCUAUUCUGAUGGGUUACAUCUUCUCACGGCCAGACGACAUUAUCAUCCGAACGAUUUCGUCAGCAAUUGAACAACCUAUUGAAACUAGAUUCCUGAAGACGGAGCGUAGAACCACUACCCACAUAUGGAAUAACCCGAUGGAUCAGAGAGUAGAUUCGAAACGUAGAACCGGAACUCUUCGAGAUGACACCAUAUUAGGUCAUAUUAUGCCGGAGGAGACACUCGUGAAGGAGCAGACGAAAGAGACAAACAUCAGUGGCUUCACUCUUGACUACUAUCAACAUCCUGCGAAGCACGCGGAUCCAAAGCGCCUCUAUCGCCACGCAUAUGACGUAUACUCGCUCGGUAUUCUUCUACUUGAAGUCGGGCUGUGGGAGAAGUUGAUGAACUACAAAGAGAUUGAUAUUUCUCGAGGAUAUAUCAUACCCGAUGAUAACGAAGAGGAUCAUUAUGAGCGAAGACGAUGGAUUUGUCGAGUGUACCUUGAUCGCCUCAGAUGGGCAUGUGGAGAUAAGUAUGCGGAUGUUGUUCUCAGUUGUCUCAUGAUGAUUAACAGUAGCGACGACGAAGUGGCAAAAGCGAGCGAGAGGGAGCUUUGUGCUAGAAUUGUAGCCGACCUGGAGGGCUGUCAAGCUUAG